ACAUCUAAAAUUUGGACCGGCCAUGCAUUGGGUUGCGUCGGACUUACCGAUCGAAGUUCUCCACCGGACGGAAAAAGGAAAAAAAAACCUUUUCAAAAUCUGCAGUUCAAGGGCGGAUAUAAAGGGCGUGUACAUCUUUUUGGCGCGAACUAAGCGAAGCACGGGGGAACAAAAGGGCGGGAAAGCAGUAGAAGUCAGAAGAGAUUCCUACCGCCCAGCGUCCAAAUCCAUCCAUCGAGAAGAGACGAGAAGAGAGGAGGAUGCAGAUCCAGGUCCGGUGCGGGUGCGGCGAGGCGGCGUGCCCGGAGUGGACGGUGGUGGAAGUGCAGGGCGUGCUUCAGCCGCAGCCCUGCUUCUCCGGCCGCAUCCAGGGACUCCACAUCGGCCGCCUCUGCACCUCAUCCCCAUCUUCCUCUUCCAAUUCCAAGCAGGGCGGCUACACCUUCACCGUGGGAUACCAUGAGCUCACCGGGACAAAGGUGACUCUCAAGAAGCCCCUGCUGGUGCUGAGGAAGAAGAAGAAGAAGAACGCCGCUGAGGAGGUGGAGCUGGAUGUCAUCGGUGUCAUCCGGCACAAGAUCCUCUUCAAGGACCGCCCCAAGGCCCUCAUCUCAAAGCCGCCGCCCAAGGAGAAGAAGGCCCUGUCCGUGCCCGCGGUGACGACCCCAUCUUCCCCUUCCUGAAGAAUCUCCGUCUUCUUUUUGUGCUGGUGAAAAAAUGACCAUGUAGUAUUGAAUCCAUGUUGAUGUUCUCUUCUGUUUUGGUGUGCUCCCGUUUGCUUGGGUGGUCGACACUUUGUGCCAUUCUCUUUACUACCUUUUGGUUCCUAUGAUAGCAAAUUAAUCUUAUCUUAUUUUCUUGAAGAUCAUUUGUUUACUUCCAUUUGGAAAUUGGAAUACAGCUUGCUUGUUUGUAGUAGCUGGCAAUGCCAUUGGUGAAAUGCCUUCCGUUGUUUCUGUUGUUCAGGAAAUAAGAAUUCGUAGUUUACAAGCUCAAAGGAGGUGGGCAAGAUGAUCCAAACUUGAUAGCCACAUAGGAUUUCUAUAAUGCCAAGAUUCGGCUUGGUUUCCACGAGCCAAAUCUUCUUCUUGGAAGAAAAUAGAAUCAGAAAUCUGAUGGCCAGCUCUUAUCUCAAAUCUGCGCCCAAUAAAAAAACUUCAUGCCAACGUGACUGAAGUCAAGAAAACGACAUCUGAUCAUACCAACAAAACAGCCAGCCAGAAUUAAUAUGGACCACAGGAUCCACGUCAGUAACCAUUCUCAUGUCGUAACGCACUUCUGAGCAGAAACAUUUUGCUGAGGCUCAAACAGAAAAGAUCAACUAAUCCCCACCACAUAUUUCCAGUAUUUACAGCCAAAUGAUCUUCAACUGAUAGGAACUUUUCCGGAGCUAUCCUACAUUCGACCUGUUCUGGCUUUCGCAUCUGCCGCAGGAUCAGCAACAAGGUAUGAUGAAUGGCGGCGACUUCCCCUGCCACGGGAACCAGGUUUCCACCCUGGUGAUCUUCCAUUCACGCCACCGCCAAAUAGGGCUGUUCAGUGGUUCCCAGAUCCAUCUGUACUAUGAAAUAGUUUCACCAUCUAGUUUUGCUUUGCAUGCUAAUAUGAUUCUUGCAUAUAUACAUUCAUUUACAAUAUGAUUUUUGCAUGUCGCAGACUAUAAUCAGCACUAUUCUUGCUCGGGGUGCGGGACAUCUUCGAGCAAACGACAAGUGAGGUCGUGAAUGAUGAAGGUGGUGAGUUAUGGACGUGUAAUAUUGCCUUUGACAUCCCUAUCAGGUAUUGACCAGAGCAGAGCCAUGACAUCAUGCAGAGGGGACGACAAUCGCCGAACUGGAGAGGCGCUGAAUUCAAUACUGUGCUGCACUGUUUACAGUGAGGAGUGAGAAGAAGAUAGACCACCCCAUUCCUCAAACCAAACACACCCUAAAAAACCACACAGCCCAUGAUAUUGAGGAAAACAAACAACAGUUUAUAGAAUAGAACAGUACUAUUAAAAACAUCUACUGAUAAAUAUCCUUCCGUGUGGUUUACAAACACUUGCAUGACCAUCUCCAAAUAAAAACAUGCAGGUUGCAUUUUUUUUCC